AUGCUGGACAACCUUAUCAUGGAUGCACCCAUGCUUAACACUCUCGAGCAGGUGUGGCACAACUGGGUUGACAUCUUUGUGCUAACUUCAACUGAGCUUCAUGUUUGCUUCCCUCCGGUUGCUACUCUGGUCCUCAGUAUCAUGAUCAGUAUGGCUGACUGGCUCAUGUUCCAUUCCCGCUCAGAAUUCAACCCAUGGCUUGCUUUCACAAUAGUGUAUACUGAUCUUGCUGCCUUCCACAUGGCAUCUGCCAAGGCGAGACCUCUGCACUCUCCUGGCUCACCUAAGCACAUGCAAUUUUCUUCUGAUGAGUUCAGGCCUAGUCAAGACAAUCCCUUAUUCUUACCUAGUGUGCCUGGCACUCUGGCCAUGGAUGUCAAUGCUGAAGGAGAGCCCAAAGACACUGUGUCUGUUCACAGCUCCAACCAGGAUGAGCUGGCCGAUGAUGAGAAGGCCUCCACAGAUGAGCCUUCUCCUAUGACAUCUGCUGAGGCUGCCUUGAAGAAAGGACGAGGCCACCAGUCCAAGUCUCUCAAGGCUUUACUUGACCCACAUAUGCAUCUUCUGGUAUGA